AUGGCUUUGUCACACACUCAAGCUUUGUCUCCUGAACCUGAUGAUAUCAAGCGUAAUUGUGAAAAAAAUCAAGUUUUUCUCAAUUUGUCGAAAUUUAUUAUUAACAAGGAAGAAGAUCGAUUCAAUUUUAUUGACGACAAUGAGUAUUCCAGUGAAUGGAAAUUCGCUUUCAUGUCGACACUCGCACUUCCUGGUCUGCUGUUUUUCACGUGUUUCACUGGUGUCAUCAUACUUUCAGUAUACACAAUCGCGGAUUACUAUAGCGACAAAAAUGACUUCACCCGUUGCAAUGAGUUCUUCUCUGUGGCACUGCAAACGUACGGCUAUGCGGAAAUGGUUAUAUCGGCAAUGUUCUUUAUGACUGCUGCGCUCUUCUUCAUAACUGGUUUCUCUUCAACAUUCAUUUGCGAUGUUAUUUUCAAAAGCGAAACCCGCGAAUUCGAGCCUCGCGACUCAUUUUACCACGCGCUAGACAACAAAAGAAAAAUCCCAAUAUACAUCAAGUAA